AUGCCUCCGCGGCUGGACCCCGAUCGCGUGAGGGACGCCGCGUCUCGCUUUCCGCCGGACGCUGACGGCGACCCCCCGCCCUACGGCACCGCCGGCUUCCGCGCCCAAGCGCCGAUCCUCCCCCCGGUGCUCCUACGCUGCGGCCUGCUGGCGGCGAUCAAAUCCCUGGCGGCCGGAAAGAUGUGCGGCGUGAUGGUCACGGCGUCGCACAACCCCGAGGAGGACAACGGCGCGAAGCUGAUUGGCCCCGUGGGGGAGAUGAUGAGCCCGGAGUGGGAGGAUUACGCCAACAGGCUCGUUGCGGCGGGAUCCGACGACCAGUUGGCAGCGGAGGCGGCAGCGAUCUGGCGGCAGGAGGGGAUCGACUCGAUCGACGAGGGGCGGGGAGGGCCUGUGGGCGGGGUGGUAGUGGGAUGCGACAACCGGCCCAGCGCGGGGCUGCUGGUGGAGGCUGCGCUGGCUGGCGUGGCGUGCACGGGCGUGCCGGUGGUGCGCGCUGGGCUGCAGACCACGCCGCAGCUGCACUUCCGGGUGCGCGCGCGGAACCUGGGCCAGCCCUGGGGCGAGGCGGACUACUACGACCGGCUGGCGAUGGGACUGGCGAAGGCGAGCAGGGACCUGGUCGGGGAUGCGGUGCCCGGGAGGUGGGCGGCAGUUGGGACGGACGGGCUGCUGCUGGACUGCGCCAACGGCGUGGGCGCGGCCAAGGCGGAGGCGCUGAUCGCGCGGCUGAGGGAGGCGGGGUGUGGCUGGCGGUUUGACGUCAGGAACGUGGGCCCGCGGGGCCUCAACGACCGGGUGGGCGCGGACCACGUGGAGAAGCAGAGGGCGCUGCCGCUGGGAUUCGAGACGGUGGCGAAGGGGGCCAGGUGUUGUAGCAUCGAUGGGGAUGCAGACCGGCUUGUGUACUUUGCGCCAGAUGGCAAACGUGGCUUGACGCUGUUUGAUGGCAACAAGAUAGCGGCUCUGCUUGCACUUUAUAUCAAGGAUGCCCUAAAGGGCAUGCCAGGGAUUGCAGAAACAUUUAAGGUAGGAGUGGUGCAGACUGCGUAUGCCAACGGUGCCUCCACAAAUUACCUCAAGACUGAGUUGGGCCUCCAGCCUGUCAUGACAUCCACAGGAGUGAAGCACCUCCAUCGAGAGGCGGCCAGCUUUGAUGUGGGAGUUUACUUUGAGGCAAAUGGCCAUGGGACUGUCCUCUUCAGCAACGAUUUGAUUGCAAAGCUGAGAAAGAUAGAAUAUGAAGACGAGGCUGCUCGAGAUCUCUUAGCAAUGGCAGAAGUCAUGAAUCAAGCUGUGGGCGAUGCUCUAUCAGGCAUGCUUAUGGUUGAGUGCAUCCUCAGGCGCAAAGUCUGGGGCCUCAAGGAAUGGGAAGACAUGUACACCGACCUCCCCAGUCGGCAACUGAAGGUCAUGGUUGCGGACAGAGCGGUGAUCAAGACUACGGAUGCGGAGACUCGCUGCAUCGCCCCUGACAGCCUCCAACAAGGCAUAGACGCUGCCGUUGCCAGGAGGAAGUCUGGCCGCGCAUUUGCGCGUCCGUCUGGGACAGAGAACGUUGUGCGAAUUUAUGCAGAGGCGGCUUCUCAAGGCGAGGCAGACAGCCUGGCGAAGGAUGUGGCCAGAUUAGUUCACAAGCUGGCAGGGGGCAUCGGUCCAGUACCCUGA